ACUUCCGGCGGGCCCGCGCUCUGACCGCGGUUGGCUGUUGGGCGAGCGCUGCCCGCGCGCCUAACGGAGAACGGGGCGCGCUGCGCGGGUAGGGGCGGGCGCACGCUCCCGGAAGCCAGCCGCGAGGCCUCGCCCCGCCACCGAGGCGCUCCCCGGAGCCAGUGUUGUUAGCGCCAAGUUCGCGUGGGUCCUGACCGUGGGUGGAGACGGCGGAGGCCGGCGGCGGGAGGCUGCCCACAGCGCCACGCGCAGGAGCUACAUGAUGUGGAAAGUAGAAUCACUUGUUUCAUGCUUGGGAUGGGAGCAGAGAGGCAGGUGGCUCUGAAGUGUCUGGUGUGGUAUUGAUAGCCAACUCGCUGUGUCACCGUGUUAUGAUGCCAUCUCGUACCAACCUGGCCACUGGAAUCCCCAGUAGUAAAGUAAAGUAUUCAAGGCUUUCCAGCACAGACGAUGGCUACAUUGACCUUCAGUUUAAGAAAAGCCCUCCUAAGAUCCCUUAUAAGGCCAUUGCACUUGCCACCGUGCUGUUUUUGAUUGGCACCUUUCUCAUAAUCAUAGGCUCUCUCCUGCUAUCGGGCUACAUCAGCAAAGGGGGGGCAGACCGAGCUGUUCCUGUCCUCAUCAUUGGCAUUUUGGUGUUCCUGCCAGGAUUUUACCAUUUACGCAUCGCCUACUAUGCAUCCAAAGGCUACCGAGGUUACUCCUAUGAUGACAUUCCAGACUUUGAUGACUAACAGUCACCUCAGCCUUGAGAAGAGACACAGUGCACCCACUUUAAGACAUCAAGCGGGAACUUUGGCUAAGGGCUGAGGAAGUCUACAAUUUGCAGAUGUUUAGCAAAACAAUGGCCGGAUUGUAUGAGUCCUUUUCCAAAAUGCUCAUGCUUUAUAAUUAGCUAAUUAGGACCUGUUAUGUUUUCAUCUGCUGGCCCUGGCAAAGCUUGACAAGUUUUUCCACAUGCGUAUGCAUCAUGUAAGAACAGUGAGGCUAACUGUCUGGCAGGCUGUAUUCUGAGGUGGAAAGUGUUCUUUUGGGGUGAGCCUGCAUUUUGCCUCCAUCGUCAAUUUGUUUUUGUAGUAUAUGGAAAAUGUAUUAUGUCUAGUUUCUUAUUACUAAGUAAUUUAUUUUUAAAAUAUCUAUCUUAUCUCUCACACUCUUCUCUACCUUUACAUCCUGGUAAAAUUAAAAUAUCUCUUAUCCCAUAUACUUUCCUCUACCUUCAUAUCCUGAUAAAACCAAGUAUCUGGGAUCCAUUUGUAAUAGGCUUUUUAAAAAAAAAUUGACAGCAACCUAGAAUUUUUAAACCCCAAAGUAGGUUUUCAAAAUGUAAACUUUGUGGGGCCAGAGAGAUAUCUCAGUGGUUAAGAGGACUGGCUGCUCUUCCAGAGGUCCUGAGUUCAAUUCCCAGCACCCACAUGGUGGCUCACAACCAUCUAUAGUGGGAUCUGAUGCCCUUCAGGCAAAAUUUCGAUAGACCACUCAUAUACAUAAACAAAUCUUUAAAAGAAAACUUUGUUGGAUAUGAUGGCACAUACUUUGAUCCCAACACCUCAGAGGCAGAAGCAGGUUGAUCUCUGAGUUCAAGGCCAGCCUGGUCUUCAUAUGGAGUUUUAGGACAACCAAGGCUACCAAAUAGAAAGCCUAUCUCAAAUAAAAAAACAAUAACAAAAUACUUACUCUGGUUUCUCCAUAGGUUACCCACAAAAAACUUAGGUGAAUCUGUCUUUCAUAGAUAAAGAGGUUGUGUGAAUCAUCUUUAAGGACUAGACUUUGGCUGUUUCUUAGUAAAACUGUAGAUAAGUGUACUUGGAGUUUGUAACCCACUGCUGGCACCUACCGCUAUGACAUCAUUCUGCUAAAGAUUACGAGACUUGGCCAGAAUCCCUACAAAUGUAUUAGGUCAAAUCUGGUUUUUAGCUUGCAAAAAGUGACCUUUUUUUUUUUUUUUUUUUUUUUUAUAAAAUAUUAAAGUGUCAUAAUUAAAAUUCUAGGCUUAAAACGA